UAUUGGGCCUUUUCCAUUUUCAAACAGCAGCCAUGUGGAAAAUACCAAGGAGUUUUUCACUCACUGUAAGUCACACUUUGCAUUGUGUCAUCAUUUACGAAGAUGCUUGUAGUGACUGGAGGACGAUCAAUGUAAACUGAAUGUUUACACGUCUCCGUACACUUUUAAUGAUUAAUGUAUUGGCCUGCCAGUCAGGUUUAGAGGUGUGCUGCAUGCUGUUGACUUCACAGAUAAGUGGGCUAGUGAUUGAUCUUGAUGGUCUUUUCAAGGGUAGAUUGUGUUGCUUUCCCAAGGAUCCGCUGGAGGAUGUUGAGACUUGGAGUGAGUCUGUGGACAAACUCCUUGGUUGUAAAGCCGGACAGAUAGCUUUCCGGGAGUUCCUGAAGUCCGAGUACAGUGAGGAGAACAUACUGUUUUGGCUUGCCUGUGAGGAGUACAAAAAAAUCAAGACGAUCCCAGAGAUGAUAUCAUCUGCCAACAGAAUCUACUCAGAGUUUGUCCAAACAGAAGCACCCAGACAGAUCAACAUAGACUGCACUACCAGGGAAAACAUAACUAAGAACAUCUCCAAGCCGACGCUGACUUCGUUUGACACGGCACAGAAGCUCAUCUACAGUCUGAUGGCCAGGGACUGCUACCCACGCUUCCUAAAAUCAGAUAUCUAUCAGGGACUCCUGAGGAGAAAUGAUUCAACGUGACUGUUUUAAAGCUGACAGGCUGACAGCAACAUCUUCUCCCCAACUGUGAUCUGCCGUAGCACUCUUUCAUUUCAGUGUGGAUAACAGGUUUAUCGUACAAUCCAGGCCCUAAAUGUAGCACAAAUAACUUUUUUUUUCCAGUCCGUGUGAUUCAGUAGAGUAGACAGGUGCAGCUCAAGGGGACACAAGCUUUGUAUUAUACUGCAUGUGUUCAUUUCAAUUUCUUUGAUUUCUCGCCACUACCAUAUAGAGUUUGAAAUAAAAAAUGGAAAAAAAAAAUGGAUGAUUGUAAAGUAUUAUGAACACUUUAUUAAACUGAUUAUUCAAAUGUAGGUCAUGUAUGCUUUAUAGAAGUUUAACCUAAAAAUGUGUGAGUAUAGUGUUAAGUGCUCUUUGAAGUUUACCUUAAUAAAUGUGUUGUUAAACUUUA